AUAGUUAACAAAAGGCAACCACCUGGCAGGGCCGGAUAACGUGAUGCAAGGGAAGGGGGUGGAAGGAAGGAUUCACUUAAUUAGGCAGUGAAAGAAAGAAAGAAGGUCCGUGUUAGUCCGACUCGACUCAGGCAGCGCCCCCACCGGGCACCUAGUAACUCCUAGCCCAUUCUCUCACCAUGGACUAAGUGAGUGAAUGAAUGGCUGCCGUCUUCAUGCCGUGUUCAUGCGUCAUUUGGCUCCUCCAAUCUACUUGACUUACGGGCGCGCUUAGAGGGAAUCUACUAGAACCCUCAGGCUAGCUAUGUGUAACCAUUGGGUGAGUCCUGACUCACCCAAUGCUUGACCAGGGGGUUAUCUGUCUCCUGAACGCAACCAUGCGAGUCUGUUGGUUGACCAAAUCUCUGACUGGGUUCAGCCGACGAUUAUUCACCCUGCUCAGCCACACCUGCCAUUCCAUGAGGGAAGGAAAAAGAAGAAUCAUGGAUGCAUGCCUGCUGGUAUCAGUUCUGGCGGCAGUGAAACGGUCUGGGCAACGCCUAUCCGUACCCGCCACUGACGCCACCAUUCGGCAUCUCACCCCGGAUACACAUGAGUCCCGUCUCUUCGUUCGUGUUCCUCUUUCUGCUCCGGUGGGUAAGAUACGAUGCUAUCUAUUCUACCACAUUCGUACAAGAUGCUGCUAUGUGGGAUCGUUGACCUCUCCAUUGCAAGAGUCCAGAAACUUGGAUCGAAGCUGGACAGUCUGGCGAUUGAUAGCGGCGAUGACGUGUAGGGAACUCCUUAUCGGGGCUCAGCUGCUAUCGGGGCUAGAAGCGGAAUAGCGGAGAGACUACUUACGGAGUACCUAGCGUUAAAGAGGGUCAGGUGAUCGACGUAUCCGGAACACCC